AUAUUUUUCCUUUUCAAUAUGAUUGCAUUCCUUAAUAAAAGUUUGUGUGUGUGGAAAUACGAAAUGUAGUGUCAAAGUGAUUCUGAGGUUCUAGUAAAAAGGUCAUAAUAUUUCCUGGAAACAAUCGUCUUGCAUAUUCGUUCUCGGCUAAUUAAAGUAAAAGUGUUUACACUAACCACGGAUUCUUCAACCAGAUAUGUGUCUCUCAAAUAUGACCAUAGUCCAACAAAAAACAGGAUCAAGUGUCAGUAUUUCAGUGUGAUUUGGUGCAAAAUAGUGCUAGUGUAGUGGCUCUGCUUGUGCAAUGACAGUUCAGUGGGUCAGGACCAUAAGUGAUCUGGGUGUUGAACAUACACUGAAUUUAUCAUAAAAAAUGGCCCACUACCCGCAGCCGGCGACGCUGGAGGCGGCGCUGCCGCUGCUAUCGCGGCCCGACCUGCGGCUCCGGCAGCAGCUUGGCGAGCGGCUGGUGACGCUAGUCCGUCGGGAGGAGAUCACGCACGACCUCGCCGGACCCCUGCUCGAUGCUAUGGUCACGUGGCUCAAUGGAGGCAAUUUUAAGGUGGCUCAGAAUGGUCUGGAGGUGCUGUCGGCAGUAGCGGAGCGCAUGGGACACGAGUUCUCACACUACGUGCCCACCGUACUGCCGCACAUCAUUGACAGGUUAGCGGACACGAAGGAGGGCGUGCGCGCGGCGGCCCGCGCCUGUCUGUCCUCACUCAGCGACAGCCGCGCCGCGCAGCCCCGCGCCAUCCUCGCGCGACUCACGCCCGCACUCAACCACAAGGCUGCGCACGCGAGAGAGGAGACGCUCAAGUGCAUCGCUGCUUUAUUGCACACUUACGGCGCGGCGGAGCUGCAGCUGCGGUCGGCAGUGCCAAGCCUGGCGGCGCUGCUGUCGGACCCCAGCGGCGCGGUGCGCGACGCCGCCGUCCAGCUGUUCGUCGACAUAUACAGACAUGUUGGUGAACGAUUAAGACAAGACUUGAAGAAGAAGGAACUGGUGCCCGGUAACAAGUUGGUGCUGCUCGACCAGAAGUUUGACGAGGCGAAGGAGGCGGGACUACUGCUAACUUCAGCCCUGGGUACAGACGAAGCGGACUUCGCGGUGCGUACGGCGAAGCGCACUAUGACGAUACCGACGUCCGCGCGCAGCCGCGACGGAGACAGCUCCGGCGCAUCCACGCCAGCAUGUGAAAUACCAAAGAAAACAGUAGCGGGCUUGUACAGUCUGCCGUCAGCGAGUAGGAAGCCGCCGCCGCCGGCCAAACUAACCUGCGCGAGUAGUGUGUCUGGCGGCGGCGGGGGUGGCGGGGUUGGGGCGGGCGAGGCGGGGGCGGUGUCGUGCGAGGCGUUCGAGGCGGCGUUCACGUCCGUGGGGCCGGCCGCGGUGUACGGCGCGCGCGGACUCGACGACAUGUGCCGGCACGCCGCCGCGCUGCUCGGUGACCGUGCCGCCGACUGGGAGAAGCGGGUUGACGCGCUUAAGAAAAUAAGAUCACUGUUAAUAGCGAACGCGCAUGUGCAGUACACCUACGAAUUCUCCACCCAUCUCAAGGAUUUCUCCGUGCCAUUUCUAGUCGUAAUCAAGGAUCUACGGAGUCAGGUGGUUCGCGAAGCGUGUAUCACUAUUGCGCAUAUGGCCAAAGUGUUGAAGAACAAACUGGAACAGUUCAGCCUGUACAUACUACAAGAACUCAUCAAUCUCAUACAGAACGCCGCUAAGGUGGUGUCGUCUGCUGGAACAGUGUGUGUGAAAUACAUCGUGACGUACGUACACUCGCCGCGACUCAUACCCGUGCUGGCGACUAAUCUGACAACGCACAAGUCCAAAGAGAUCAGAUCUACAUUGAGUGAGGUGCUAGUGCUAGUGCUGGAACGCUGGAGCUCGUCGUCGCUGGAGAAGCAGCAGACGGUGAUACGGGAUGCGAUCAAACGAGCGUGCGUCGACGCCGACUCCGCCGCGAGGAAUCACGCGCGCAAAGCAUACUGGGCGUACAAGCGUCACUUUCCCGAGCACGCGGAGCAGCUGUUCGCGGGGCUAGACGCAGCCGCACAGAAGCAGCUGGAGCGGGAGCGAAUCGGCAGCGUCGACAGCCUGCAGCACGUUGGCACUGAACGAAAAAUGUUGACUAGUCCAAGAAGCCCAUCUGCAAGUGUGUCUGACCGUGCCGCCAGCGGUGCGGCCCGCUCUGUGUCGGCGCUGGACGCAGCUGCGGCGCAGCGAGCGCGCGCGCGUGCGUUGUACUCGCACCUCGGACGCAAUAAAAUGGCCGCCGGUACCGCCAGCUUGCCUCGGACGAAACGUUCGCCCGUGGCAGCCGGCGUGCCGCCCAGUCCCGAGCGAGUGGUCAGCCGCUCGCGAUCGCGGCCCGGAGUUUCACAGUCACAACCGACGUCGCGUUCGUCGUCGCCGUCGUCCCGGAGCGGUCCGAUGUCGCUGUCGAGCGCGCGACGUCGCCCCUCGGGCAUACCGCGCUCGCUCGCUGGCUCUAGAGAGACUAGCCCUACAAGGACUGGUCGGUCUAGCAGUGUAGCGGGCGGUAUACGGCGACGAGAGUCCAUGGAGAGGCCGCAGAAAGCCCCAUCUGCGACGUUACGUUUGCUGCAGCAGAGCAGAGAUGCUGAGCACGCCCUAAGGAGCCCGGAAGACAGUUCGGCGUACGAGGCGCGGCGCGAUGACGAUUCUGAAGCGUCCAGCGUUUGCUCCGAGAGGAGUCUGGAUUCCUACCGACGACAUGAUAGCCUAUCAUGGGGCUCGGGGCGCGGGUGGGAGGCGUCGCCCCCUCCCCCGCCGCCGCCCGACGACAUCAUCGCGCUGUGCGCGUGCACGCACUGGACCGAGCGAAAGGACGGACUCACGCAUCUCACAAACUAUCUGAACAGCGGUCGGCUGCUGACGGACGACCAGCUGCGACGGCUGACGGAGCUCCUGAACAAGAUGUUCGUGGACGCGCACACCAAAGUGUUCUCGUUGCUGCUAGAUGCCGUCUGCGAGCUGCUGUUAGUGCACUGGCAGCAACUCAAGGACUGGCUGUACCAGCUCAUGUUUAGGUUACUAAUGAAACUCGGCACGGAUAUUCUCGGAUCAGUGCAGAGCAAGAUAAUGAAGACAUUGGACGUUAUACACGAGUGCUUUACUGCAGAGCUUCAACUGCACAAUAUAUUUAGAUUCCUAGCGGACGGUGCGGCGGCUCCAACAUCCCGAACGCGUGCGGCCGCACUACGCUUCCUGGCUGAUCUGGCUCACGACUACUGCACGCCCGCCAAUUUGGCUGCUGCAUUACAAGGCGGUGCCAACGGUGCGGCGGGACGUGCUAUGGUGCGUGUGGCGGCGCUGGCGGGCGAUGCGCGUGCGCACGAUGUACGCUCGGCGGCGCGGCGUGCGCUAGCUUGCCUCUACGACUGCGCACCAGCGCCUUUUACAGCGCUGAUGAGCGAGCUACCGGUAGAAACACAGAGCAUAGUCAAUGGUGUGGUCCAGCAGCAUGUCCGGAGAACCUCAAGCACCGGCAGUGACAGUCCGCAGCGCGGAUCGAGCGCGACGCCCAACGCCGCGACGGCCGAGGACGUAUACUCGCGGAUACGCAAGACCACAUCCGAGAUACACACAUACACUGCACAACACUCCAACGCUGAAUGCGGUAACCACACAUCGAGCAAAGACUCCGGCAUCAGUCAAAUGUCGGACGUGACGUUGUCUAGAGGACAAAAUGGUGUACCCAAUGGACACUACAAUGCCGAUAUGAUAGCCCGUGCUGCGUCCGCUGACAGUUCGGAGGAAGCGAGCAGCACGAAAGAGUCGUCACCUAUACCACACAGCAGGCCUGACUACGGACACGGGGCUGGUGACUACGCGGGUCGGGAUAAAGUGAAACCCUACGAAAUGGACGAGAACGGUUUUAUUAUUACCAAAUGUGGUCUCCGCGAGACGGAAGUGUUGGAGGCGCUGAGCGAGCUGGACGUGAGCACGGCGCCGCCGGAGCGCUGCGAGCGGCUGCUGCUGGCCACGCACGAGUUGCUCAAGUACGGCGACUGCCGCCAGCCGCAGCAGUACUUCAAGAACAUAGUGCGCGUGGCGUUGGCAGCCUUGUCCGUGGAGGAGAACGCCGGAGACAAAGAGAAUUCGGAAAACGCGCAACAAUCCUCAGGUUGGGGCACAGCCGCGGAGCGCGCGGCUGCGGAGGGCGUGCGCGUACUGGUGUGGCUGUGUCGGCGGCCGGAGACGCGCGCGCAGUGGCUGGACUACUUUGACCUCAUCCUGCUGAAACUCAUCAACGCGUACGGCGCCGUCAGCAAGGAGGUGAUGCGCGCCGUCGACGCCGGCAUGCCGCACAUCGCUGCUGCGCUGCCCGCGCAUCAGGUGCUAGCGCUACUGAAGCCUGUGAUCCGCACGCGCGGCUACCCGACGUCGCUGUGCGCGCUCAAGUUGGCCGCGGAGGUGGCGAAGGCACGCGGCCCCGAACUCACCGACGAUAUCGUCGCGCAGCUCAUGGAGGGUGUUGGACAGCUAGCGGACCACCAGAACUCGGCGGUGCGCAAGGCGGCGGUGUUCUGUAUGGUGGCGUUCACGUUCGCGCUCGGCGAGGAGCGCAUGCAGCCCCACCUCAAACACCUCUCCGUCAGCAAGUACCGAUUACUUCAGGUAUACAUCAGCAAGCAGCGCGAGGAGGCGGCUAAAGGCGGGGGCGGUGGUGGACCGCCCACGUAGCGGCGCCCCUCCCGCCUCACCUCGCGCGCCACGCAGACCGACUAGCACACAGGGUUCACACGAGACACGUCAACUACUCUAGCACAGGCAUUAUAGUGCGAUGUUAACGGUUUUUC